GACACAACGAAAGGAUCAUGGCGGAUGGCCCCAGGUGUAAGCGCAGAAAGCAGGCGAACCCGAAAAGGACCAACGUGACUAACUACAAUAAUGUGGUGGAAGCCGGCUCAGACUCAGAUGACGAGGACAAGCUGCACAUCGUGGAGGAGGAAGGCAGCCUGGCAGACGGGGCCGACUGCGAAAGCACCCUGCCAGAUGAUGAGCACCCUAGGGAGCACUGCUGGGACCGAGUAAAGGAGGAUUGUGUUACGGAUGGCGAGGAUGACGUGAGCACAGACGCCCUGGUAGAGGAGAUGCUCCAGCAAGGAGACACAGCCGUCAUUUACCCGGAGGCCCCGGAUGACGAGCCUCAACGUCAGGGCACUCCCGACACCAGCGUCCAUGAUGAGAAUGGAACUCCGGAUUCAUUCUCUCAGCUGCUCACCUGCCCGUACUGUGCGCGGGGCUACAAGCGUUACAGCUCUCUGAAGGAGCACAUCAAGUACCGGCACGAGAAGACAGAAGAAAGCUUCAGCUGCCCCGAGUGCAGCUACAGCUUUGCCUACCGUGCUCAGCUGGAGAGGCAUAUGACGGUCCACAAGAGCGGACGAGAUCAGAGACACAUCACACAGUCGGGAGGCAAUCGUAAAUUCAAGUGCACUGAAUGUGGCAAAGCAUUUAAAUACAAGCACCAUCUGAAGGAGCACCUACGCAUUCACAGUGGAGAGAAACCCUAUGAGUGCUCCAACUGCAAGAAGCGCUUCUCCCACUCAGGCUCAUACAGCUCCCACAUCAGCAGUAAGAAGUGCAUCAGCGUCAUCUCAGUUAAUGGCAGAGCGCGCCUGGGGAACGCCAAAACCCAGAGCCAGGGUUCAUCUCCAGGACUUUCCACGCCACCCUCAGUCCUCCGCACUCAGAUUAGGGAGAAGCUGGAGCACAGCAAGCCCCUGCAGGAGCAGCUGCCCCUCAACCAGAUCAAGACCGAACCUGUGGACUACGAGUACAAGCCAACAGUAAUAACGUCCCCAACUCUGACCGCCAUGAAUGGUGGGGUUUUCAACGGAGGUGCUGCAGCUCCUCUGCAGGGUACAGUGCAGGCUGUGGUCCUACCCACUGUGGGGCUGGUGUCACCCAUCAGCAUCAACUUGGCAGACCUGCAGAAUGCUCUCAAAGUGGCAGUGGAUGGUAACGUCAUCCGUCAGGUGCUGGAAAACAAUGCCAAAGGUCAGGUGAACUCGGGGUUAACCACUGGAACGCUUCAUCCCCCACAACAGCAACUCAUCUCAGCCAUCAGUCUACCUAUAGUGGGUCAGGAUGGAAAUGCAAAAAUCAUUAUAAACUACAAUUUGGACCCCAACCAGGGUCAGCUAACAGCCCAUAAUCUAAAGAAAGAGCCAGACCUUGUGUCACCAGCUCAAACAACCACCGACACAUUCAAGUCCCAGAAACUCCCAGAAGAUCUGACUGUCAAAGGCAGCAGGGCCAAUGAGACGAAAGAAAAAGAGGAAAAGACCACUAAGACUUGUCUCCUAUGUGACAACUGUCCCGGUGGGCUGGAAGCACUUCAUGCCCUCAAGCACUGCAAGAAGGAUGGUCUUAAGCUGAAUGGAGCAGGCCUGGAUAGGUCUGAUUCUGCUGUUGCUGCCCUGCUAUCAGAGGGAGGACUUUGCGGCCAGCCCAAGAACCUCCUGUCACUGCUCAAGGCCUACUUUGCCUUAAAUGCAAAGCCCACAAAGGACCAGCUGGCCAAGAUCUCUGAUUCAGUCAGCCUCCCAGUCUCUGUGGUAGAGAAGUGGUUUGACAAAAUGCAGGAGGGUCAGAUAUCGCUAGGUGCCCCAACACCUCCCUCAGAGGAAGAGGACACCUGUGAAUCUAACAGUGUGGUGUCUCUGGGCCCAGGGAAGGACAAAGCCACUAUUAUCCCUCCUGUGACCCAAGACAGCCCAACAGAAGCUACCCCAGCAGAGGUCAACGGCACUCACAGCUCGCCAGCCUCCCCUUCGCCACUAAACCUGACAGCUGAAGGUCCCGGCCCAGCCAAAACCCCCCAGAGUACUGAGGGGCCCCUAGACCUAUCCCUGCCGAAGCCAGCCAGAGACGAAACAGAGAGAGUGGCCCCUAAAGUUUGUCUUUACUCUUCCCCUUCCUCUGGCUCCACCAACGAGGAUGAACCCUUAAACUUAACUUGCACAAAGAAAGACGCAUCGCCACUCUCAGCCAUGGGCACCUGCCCCGCCGCACUGUACGCCAGUCAGCCAAGUGCCAAACCCCUCGACAUUGUGACCACAAUGCAAUGCCUAAGAGCACUAGCCACCAACAACAAACAGACUAUCUUGAUCCCCCAGCUGGCUUACACCUAUACCACUACAGCAAAUAGCCCUGCAGGGACCGAGACGCACGAAACCAUCCACCUCAACGGAGUCAAGGAGGACAGGCAGGACACGGGCUCGGAGGGCGUUUCCACAGUCGAGGAGCAGAACGACUCCGACUCGGGCCCUCCGAGGAAGAAGAUGAAGAAGACAGAUAGCGGCAUGUACGCCUGUGACCUGUGCGACAAGAUCUUUCAGAAGAGCAGCUCGCUGCUGAGGCACAAAUAUGAACACACAGGGAAGCGACCUCACGAGUGCGGCAUCUGCAGCAAGGCCUUCAAACACAAACACCACUUGAUUGAACAUAUGCGGCUCCACUCGGGGGAGAAGCCGUACCAGUGUGACAAGUGCGGCAAGCGCUUCUCCCACUCAGGCUCCUACUCCCAGCACAUGAACCACCGCUACUCCUACUGCAAGAAGGAGACACAGAGCCAAGCAGGAGGGCAGGAGAGCCCAGAGGAGGACGGCGAGGCCCAGAUUGACAUGGAGGUGCUGAGCCGGGCACAGAGGCAGCACCUGGCCCCGUCCCAGCUGGACUCGGACGAGCGAGGCAGCAGCACCAGAGAGGAUGAGGAGAGCGAGGAAGAGGAGGAGGAGGAAGGCGUGGUGGACAUGGAUGAUAUUCAGGUGGUGCAGAUAGGGGAUGAAGGAGGGGAGGAGGAGGAAGAGCCAGAGGAAAGGAAUGAGGAGGAAAUGAAGAGAGUAGUGGUGGGAGAGGGAGGAGAGGAGGAAAAAACAGAGAUAGGAGAAGAGGAGGCAGACUCGAGGCAGGAGGACGUGAUCAGGAGCAUUCAGGAAGAAACCGAGAUGGAGGAAGAGGAAGCGAUGGAAACUGAAAGAGGGCUGAGUGAAAGAGCAGAAGGAGAGGUCACAGAGGACAGUCAAGGCAAAACAAACAGGAACGUGGUUUCUGAAGAUGAGACGCCACAGGAGAAAGGAGACUAAAGAGGAACCAGACUCCUCUACGAGACACAAUCAGACUCCUCCUCUCUGUGUGCAGAGGAAGAAUGCACGAGAUGAUGUCUGGUCACUCUGACAGUUCACUACUGUGUAGAAAUCCAGGUGUGCCUGAAAAAAAUACUAGUGACUUUUCCACAGGAGAACGAUUUCUCACUGUUACAAAAAUCCAUUUGUAAAGAAAAAGAUGAAGACGAACAUGAAUUUUAACAAACGAAGGACAUGCAUUAUACAGACUUUGGAAGCUAGAGCCGACACGCUUUAGAUAAUGUUUUAUUACUAAAACACCUUGAGUCAUUUCUUUUUAUCAGUGUUACUAAUUUUAUCACUCAUAUUUUAACCUUUAAAACCUGUACAGUUGGGAGAUAUUUCUAUAUCUUUUUAUUGCCAAUGAACAAAAAAAAGUCAGUAUUUUGUUAAGUUGGAAGGAAAAUAAGAAAAAUCCUGUGCACUACAAGUGGCUUGGUUUACUUUUAGAUGGAGCAGUUGAGUUGUGUUGUCUACCCUUCAGUAUUACUGCAUUAGAUAUACAAUGCCAUCAUGCUAGCUGAUGUUAGCAUUGCAGUUCUUUUUGAAAUUGUUUUGAUUGGAUUGUGAGCCUUAAGAAGAAAAAUCUCAUCAGCGUUUAGUUCCUUUAAGAAUUUAAAAACAAAUCAGCAUUUAAUAGAAAUUGUUUGACAUUUUGAACAAAUGUUUGCUUUCAUGAUGCCAGUUGAACAAACGCUUGCUAGCACAAAACAUCCCCUACACUGUCAUAUUUAUACUUUUGCAGAAUAAAUAGAUGAGAUAUAACUGGCAGAGUUCUUGACAUGCUAGAAGGUGGCCUCUGUUCCCUUCAGACUGGAACACAGCCAGCUCUGAAUGCAGUUUAGUGGUGCCACAGGUGUUAGGACCAUAAGAUAUUGUCACAUUUUUUUCUACAACAUAAGCUACAUGGGUAUGUCUGUGUAGAUUCUCAGUCAUCCAGGUCAUAGUAGUCUCUGGAGCUUGAAAAAAGGUGACUGGACUUCUUUCUGUUUCUUGAAGACGUUUCACCUCUCAUCCGAAAGGAUAAGAUACAUGGGUGAUUCCCCAAGUCAUGAUUUAUGAAGCUAUUAUGUGUCCUAGAGAAGGGGUUUCAUAACGAGUGGCUAAAUGAGGCUACAGAAGUUUUGGGGAACAGAACUGCUUGCUAGUGCUAAUGGCCGUGCCGCUAGCUAGCGUUGACGAUAGCGAUCUGUUCUGGUUACCAAAUUCUCAGCCCGGCGCAACGGUACCUCAGCAGGGUGCAGCGCCAGCUAGAACCCCGAUCCAAGUAUCCACAGAGAUUUCCUGUGAUAAUCAAUAAACCAGCAAAAAAAAUCUUACUGGCUUUUUAUUGAGGGAAUGCCAACUCCCAGGUUCACCUACAGAAAAGGCUGUAAUUCCUUACAUAAAUAUAUAUAGAGAGAUAUGUUUAAUGUUAGAGUUCUAUUGAAAAGGGAAAUGAUUAUAUCAUUGUUUAUGUUAAACUUUCCGGCAAAGCAUUUCACAAAGAACUUAGUAAGGCCACAGCUUGAGCUGUCUGUUCAUCUGUAAUGCCUCUCUGCUACAUGUGCUGCAGACAGUGCUACGAGUAUUUUACACCAUGGAGUUGGAGCCACUCUGCUUUACAGCCAUGUAAUUGACAUUGUUUCUAAAUUUCCAAUUUUCUGCAAUAUAUUCUUUAAAAAAAAAAAAAAUCAAACAAAUUUACCAAUAUCUGCCAUAUGUCAGUGUAAGCCAAUAAUAACAGCACUUAAGUAUCAGUCGCCCUCUUUCCUUUGUUUCCAGUAUUAUUGUUGAGCUAAGCCGAUGUUCAGUUGUUGGCAAAAAAAAAAAAAAAAAUAUGUAAACCUCAAAAUGUCAAACAAAAUGAUUUAAAUGUUCAGAGCGAGCAGAAAGGGGAUGUAGAAAACUGUGUCACCCUUCCUAUGCCUGCCCCCAACUCAGAGCCUUAUGCAAAAACAUAAAAAUAAUCAAGCUAAACAAGAGAAGCAUGCAUAUCAAAAGUGCCAUUGAAUAUUGCUGUUGGAGCUUAGCAGCUGUGAUCAGGUAUUGCCGGGUCCGAGAUCAACCAAUAAGCCGGAAUACUGUUAACUUUGGCUGGUCAUCACACCAGAGAGAGUAGAAUUUAGCCUACCACGUAUUCCUGUGUUAUAGAUUUUAAAGAAUUUGCUUUUACUUAAUCUGAGAAACUAAAAGGAAAAAAAAAAUUGCAAUGCACAUUUUGUUUUUCAAAUGGGUGAUGAUGAAAUAUGAUGAAAUAUGCUUUGUAAUCGUUGACUGUGUCCUGCCUUUUUGAAGCUUAUUCAGUGCACUUGUUUAACUCACCAUGAAAUGCUCAGAUGUCUCUUCAGGUAACAAAAUGUAGGCAAAUACGAAUCCCAGGAGUUUAAUCCAACAAUGUUUUACCUGUCAGUAUUAUUAUUUUUUUUUUUUUGUCUCUUAUGUUGUUUUAUGUUGUGUCAGUGUGCGUACUGUAUGUUUUCAGCAAUGGCAGUAUUAUCCCCACCCCCAGCGAGAUGGUUAUGUCUCUUUAGUCAUAGAGAACUUUUAUAUUUAUGUGUCUUAUUUUUUAUAUUUCUUUAUGGUUAUUUAUUACACUAUGUAGUGUACAAUACUGUAGUUUGUAUUAAUACGAUAAUAUAUUUUAGUAUGGGACAAAAAAAAAAAAAAAAAGAAUAUGGCAAAUAACUACAAGCCUGGAAAAAAAAAAUCAGACUCCGGCAUACUGAAGUAAGUUUUUUUUGAACAAAUGAAAUGUUUUUCUUAGUUUUCACUAAGAAAAAUCAAAACAGAAAAUCGCACCCUGCAAGCCUGAAAAUUGGAACCUGUGACCUCUGCAUCCAUUCUCACGUUAGUUUAGUUUUCUUUCCCCUCUCUAAUAUGAAGCUACUGAACUUUUGAAAACUAAUUGUAUGUCUAAUAGCAUGAGUGUGUUCUGUUGUAUUGAAGGAUGAUCCUUAAACCCCACAAGCCAAGCCAAAAUAAUAUUGACGUAUGUUCCGAUUUGUUUUUAUUUGUGCCAAUUUGUUACUUUAUAUGUCAGUGUCAUGACCACACCGUUUUAUAUGCCCCUCCCCCUUUAACACCCUCAUCUUUUUUAUAGUGAUUGUUUUCCUUUUUCUUUUUUGUUCAUUUUUUUUAUGACUCCCCAUCUCACAAUAAAAUACAUCAAUUACAAGCUG